AUGUAAAUUCAUAAGAGCAUCUUUCGUAUUCAAGAUACCCAACAAAACUUAGACCAAAUACUCAUGUAAAUUGCUGAAGUGAUAAAACAGCAAUUGGUAACAUACCCGGUAUGUGGCAAUACAGAAUCAUCGCGAAAUAAAAGAAUGAAGGCCUUUCUUUUCCUCGCCCUAGUCGCAGCCGCGUCGGCUAACCUUCACUAUCUCUCUGAUGACUACAUCCAAGAAAUCAAUGGCAAACAAUCUUCGUGGAAGGCUGGACGGAACUUCCCAGAGGACACGCCCAUGGAGUUCAUAAAGGGACUCCUUGGUGUCAUUGAAGGAGACGAAAAGAUCGAUCUCCCCAGAAAAGUCGGCAUUGUUCCAGAAGGAUUCGAAGUCCCAGAGAGUUUCGAUUCGAGAGAGGCGUGGCCACACUGCCCAACCAUCUCCGAAAUUCGUGACCAAGGGUCAUGCGGAUCUUGUUGGGCCGUUGGAGCUGUCAGUGUCAUGAGCGACAGGGAAUGCAUCCACAACAACGACACCAGUUUCCGCUACUCUGACGAAGACCUGGUGUCCUGCUGCUGGACGUGUGGUAUGGGCUGCAACGGAGGCUGGCUCAAGCCAUCUUUCAACUACUGGAUAAGCGACGGCAUCGUCUCUGGAGGUCGCUUCAAUAGCUCCCAGGGAUGCAAGCCCUACUCGUUCUACGAGUGCGAGCACCAUGCGGAAGGAGAGAGACCUCCUUGCGAGGAUAUCCUGCCAACGCCCGACUGCACAGCCGAGUGCAUUCCAGAAUACGGUCUGGGCUACGAAGAAGACAAACGCUUCGGGUCUGAAGUCUACACCUUCGACAGACAGGAGCAGGACAUGCAGUACGAUAUCAUGACCAACGGGCCUGUCGAGGCGUCCUUUAACGUCUACAAUGACUUCCUUAGUUAUAAAUCAGGGGUUUACAAGCACACGUCCGGUAUCCUACCUCUUGGUGGACAUGCCAUCCGUAUCAUCGGCUGGGGAGUGGAAGGUGGCGAGCCCUACUGGCUGGUCGCCAACUCCUGGAACUAUGACUGGGGUGAUAACGGGCUCUUCAAAAUCCUCCGUGGCACAAACGAGUGUGGCAUCGAAGGCAAUAUCGUGACGGGUAUUCCUAGGGCUCUGUAGAUAUGAUUUAUGGUCAGGAUUCGUCAUUGAAAUACUCGUUUUCCUAUUAUAUAUUGCCUUCAGGUCAUUAUCAGGAUCUUUUUUGUGUUCCAGUAGGUUAAAAUAAAACUGACAUCUGC